AGGCCGAUACGAAGUUCCGAAUUGAGUACGGCAUGUUGGCUGCGCUUUAGGUGUUCUGGUGCUGGUCAAGCAUUGUCAAUGUUGUCAAGGCUUCCACGUGACACGACAUCAUCGACAACACUACCUAGGUACCUAGGUAACAAAGAAUCUAUCACCACGCGUCUUACGAGGGAGUAUAGGUCUUGAUACUUGCCACAUUCCACGGAGCGUAGUUACGCACAGCAAAGGUCCGCAAGCGAUGGCAGACCGCCCUCCAGGCUCUGCACAAGGCUACAUUGACCCAAAUUGGCCGCCCCCUGGUGGUGAUGGUGAUGCAACAAUUAUCAUAUACGGCUACACGCCGAAUUUCGCUCUCUGCGUGCUUGCCCUCGUGCUUUUUUUCGUACUCGGUCUCGCCCAUGGUUGGCAGCUAUUCCGUUAUCGCACAUGGUACUUCAGCACCAUGAUGGUAGGCAUCGCAUUUGAGGUCAUCGGCUACAUCGCCCGCACCCUCAGCGCAAAACGCAACCCCUACCGCGUCUCCUUCUUCGUCAUCCAAUACUUCUUCAUCGUCGUAGCCCCUGUCUUCUUCGCCGCCGCCCUCUACACCAUCCUCUCGAUCCUCAUCCGCGCCACCCCAGACGGCACCCGCCACGCGCCCCUCCGCCCCAAACUGAUCCUCUGGAUCUUCAUCACCUGCGACGUCAUCGCAACCGUGAUCCAGAUCCUCGGCGCCGCCCUCAUCGGCGUCGCGUACUCCAACCGCAGAGACCCUACGACCCCGAACCACAUCCUGCUCGCGGGCCUCGCGUUCCAGGCCGCCACCUUUCUCAUGUUCGUUGUGCUGUUCGCGCUGUUCGUGUGGCGCGCGCGCCUCGUUGUGUUUCAAUCCGCGAGUAAGGCUUUCUACGCCGCGUUUGGGCUCGCGGUGCUGGCGGUUUAUUUGCGGAUUUGCUUUAGGCUGGCGGAGACGGGGCAGGGGCUCGAGGGCGAGUUGCAGUCCCACGAGGUGUAUUUUGGGACGCUGGAGUUUGCGCCUGUGGUUGUUGCGUUGGCGGCGUUGGCGGUGUGGCAUCCGGGGAGGUGUAUUGAGAGGGGUGAUGGUGUAGUGAGAACGAGGGAGGUGGAGGGGAAGACCAAAUCGCAGGGCGAGCCCUAAAGCCUUUAGUCUUCGAGUGCUGAGAGGUAGUUGGAGGUAGAUUUUUGCAGCAGAUGAAGAUGUGUUUGCUUGGACACUCGAACUUGACGGUAUAUACCAUAUUCGUCCUUCCUUUUUCCACAAAUAAUAAUGUAAUACUUAAA